AUUGGCUGGAAGGUCUGAGCCAAUCAUUUUGCUCGAUGUUCGCAGGGACGCCGGCAGACCUGUGACAUUCACUGUUCUCAUGUCGGUGUCAGCUGUAUAAAUACCUAAAUAUGAACACUUUACUGUCGUCCUUUUCCCGCCUGCGUGGAAUAACUCACCUCACCAGCAUCUCUCCAGGGAACCUUGCUGUACCUGGUAACUCUCACCUUAGAUUAUUCAGCAACUGGAUUGUGCCCAGAGCGGCUGCAGGAUCUCAAAUUUCCAGAUGUGGGCCGCUUUCUUCACAAGCUGAGGGUUCAGGAGUGUUUCAGCAACUUCCGUGGCAAUACCAGCAGGUACGGACAAGGAAAAGAGGAACAGAGUAUCAACCCAAGAACAUCAAACGCAAGAGGACCCACGGCUGGAUCAAGAGGAUGAGCACAAAAAGCGGCAUCGAAGUGAUUCUGAGGCGCAUGUUCAAGGGACGGAAAUCACUCUCACAUUAAAUGCUCUCAUUGGAAAAGCUCCUAGACUUUCAGGGAAGAGACAUUGGAUCUGAAAUGCUGGCGGUGCUGAGCAAAGAACUUGGAAUUAAUUGGGUUAACUAGUGAUACUGGGUGUGGGUUGGGUUUAGCAUUCCCAAUGCAUUAAUAAUGGGCAGGAGAUUGAAAACUGGCCUUUCGGGAAACUAGUUUCAUUCCCUUUGGAUAAAAAAAGAAGCCUGUUGUUUUACCCAGUUCUGUUUAAUCCAUGAUGUUUCGUUCAAAAUAACUACAUGUGAACAGAUUUAUGAUUUCUUUCUUUGUUUUUCCGGCUUGUGUGUCAAAGACAAAAUGUGUCUGUAAAAAUCUGUCUCAUUGUAGUUGUUGAAAAUGAAAACACCAGUUCUGGUUAACUUGAAAAUAAAAAACAUCCCAGCAGAGUU